GCCUUAAGUUCAAAUUAGUUUCAAUAAUGCAUAAUAAUAUAUAAACUGUAAACAUAAAAAUAGGAUAUUAUAAAUAAAGGUGGUAACAUAAAAUCAACGGAUGUUAGUGGAACCUAUUCCGUUAUCAAUCAACAUUUUUGUACAUUCCAAAUGACUGACGCCCAAUGCAAUGAAUCUUGACAAGGAGUAGGAAUGCUUACAAUUGUAUGUUGUUUGGAACAGAUCCAUCACCCUGGGUCCGAAAGAAUUGCUACUGCGAUCGGAAGCAAAGGUCGACGAGUGGCUGCUGUUGCAGUUCACCAGCGACCAGCAGUACAUAGGCAAAGCCUACCAGCAUCAAGAGCCGCCACACCGACCUCAAACGUAAGCGCAACCGGAUACGAAGCUGAAAGCUUCAGAGCUUUAGCUGAUCCCACAAAACAAGAUUCCGUUACAUAUUUUAAAAAUGGAUGCGGCUGACUUUUGGCAGCAGGCCCGAGCGCCCUUUGCACUGCACACUGCUGCGACGGCAUUGCACCAGCACCAGCACCAACAUACGCAACAGCACCCGCACCCUUUGUCCAGCCAGCAGGAGCAGCAUGCCAACCCUACAAAUAACAAUAACCACCUGCCAUUAAAUAGCAAAUUGGAGCCGAACCAGGUGCAGCAACAAGAGCAUCCGCAGCAGCAACAGACACAUCAGCAGCAGCAGCAACAACAGCAGCAACAGCCACAGCAGAACAUUGAAACUCAGCUCCUGCAGCAACAUGUCGAACAGUGCUAUAGCCACGAAUCAUUUGGAGGGCAGCAAUCGGUGGCUACGGCACCAACGUCAACGCAGCUGAGCAACCAUCAUUUGUUAUUUAACGCAGCCGCCGCGGCGGCCGCGGCAGCGCACCUCAAAUCAACGGCAUUAAAUAACCAUGCUCAAAAUAAUAGCACCAGCAGCAAUGCUAAUUCGACAGAUCAGUUGGACAAUCCACUGCCGCUUCCUAUUCCCACGCUUAGCAACCACAAUCUUAACAGCAGUGGCAAUCUUGCAGUUAAAACCAAGCAAGAGCAUGACCAACAGCAGCAGCAGCAGCCACAGCACUCCGAGGAUCCCCGCCCGCAGCAAUCCGAGCAGACAUACAGUACUAGCUUUUACGCCGGCCCUUCUGAGCAGCGUUCACAACUUCACCAGCAGCAGCAGCAGCAGCAACCACACCAGCCACGCAGCCCACUGCUCACCAAAACGAUAUCCCAAGGUCAGCAAUCGCCGCAACACUCGAUAACUCCGUCUGGCGGUAGUUCAACACCCGAUAUAAAGUACAACAACGAAAAGUUGGCCAACGAAAUCCAGCUUCAGCUCUCCAGGUCCAGUAGCGCAGCAGCGAUCAGUGAACGUACCCUUGAAGAAUGUUGGUCAACCCUGCAACGAGUGAGUUGGCAUCUCUUCCGUUGUCUUUUCAUGCACAAGAGCGCCAUGCAGCAAAUCCAACAACAGAUUCCUCGUGUCGGACUGGGAGCGCACGGCGUGGCCAGCACGGCUAGCAUGGGCAGCGGUACAACGCCUGGCGCAGAAACAAAGCCACACCAGUGCCAGCAGUGCAUGAAGAGCUUUUCCAGCAACCAUCAACUUGUGCAGCACAUACGCGUCCACACUGGCGAGAAGCCCUAUAAAUGCUCCUACUGUGAUCGUAGAUUUAAGCAGCUAUCCCACGUACAGCAGCACACGCGACUGCACACCGGAGAGCGACCGUACAAAUGUCACUUACCGGACUGCGGUAGAGCUUUCAUACAGCUUUCCAACCUGCAGCAGCACUUGCGAAACCACGAUGCCCAGGUGGAGCGAGCCAAGAACCGGCCCUUUCAUUGUAAUAUUUGCGGCAAGGGCUUCGCGACAGAGUCCAGCCUGCGCACGCACACAUCCAAGGAGCUACAGCUGCAUCUUGGUGUCUUGCAGCAGCAUGCGGCACUUAUUGGUGGGCCCAAUGCGACGUCAUGUCCGGUAUGCCACAAGCUCUUUCUCGGCACCGAGGCGCUAUUGGACCACAUGAAGCAUGUCCACAAAGAAAAGUCGCCGACGCCAAGCGAACCACCUGCUCAAUUCGGUGAUAGUAUCCAUAGUGGCAGCGGCAACGGUGGUGCUGGGCCCGGUUCGCUAGCAGCGCAAUGCGCGUCCGAAUUAAGCUGCGCCCAACCAUCGACAACCAGCGGAUCCAGCCUGAAUGACAGCUACCUCGGCAAACGUAGAACUGCGAACCACCCUUGCCCCGUAUGCGGCAAGCACUACGUCAACGAGGGAUCCUUACGCAAGCACUUGGCUUGUCAUGCCGAAACCUCCCAGCUGACAAGCAGUCUGCGCAUGUGGCCAUGUUCCGUCUGUCAGGCAGUCUUCACGCACGAAAACGGUCUUCUUACCCAUAUGGACCAUAUGCGCAUGGAUCCCAAACAUCAGUUUGCGGCGCAAUACGUUCUGUCUCGAGCGGCGGCAGAGCAACGCGAACGCGAAUCCCUAUUAGCAGCAACAUUAGCUGCUUCUUCAACGAGUAGCGGGGUCAGAGAGACUGCAAGUAUGCUACCGUUGGGAGUAAACCCGGGCGGCUCUAACUCAUUGUGUCCCUCGCCAUCAGCGAACUCGGAGUGUUCGUCGAAUGGACGCCUGUCCUCGUCAUCCGCAUCAGAUCAGGAACAGGAUCAGGGAUUAAGUGAAAAUGAGAAUAGCAGUCACAACAAUAAUAAUAGCAGCGUUAACAACAAUAAUAAUAUCAUUAACAAUAAUAAUAACAACUGUAGUUCAAAUAAAAUCAAUUUGAACGAGUUGAGACUGCCCAGUUCCAGCCAGUACAGUAUGGAUGCCGAGCUGCAUGCUAACAGAAUGUCCUUAAUGGCAGCUGCAUCAGCCGCUGCUGCGGCAGUGGCGGCCUCAGCUGGCUCAAGGUCACACGAUGGCACCAUAGACGCAGCAUCUACCGGACCGGGCAGCGCGGUAGUCCAGGCGGCCGUUGUCAACCUGGCUGCCGCCAUGCGCAUGAACAAUCCGACAAAUCACCAACAACAGCCUGGCGAGCACCAGCUGCACCAGCAAAACCAUCAGCAACAGGCGCAGCAUCAGCACCAACACCCUCACCAUCAACAACAGCUGCCCCAUCUGCCAUUAUUGUCUCCCCUCGGCAACCAACAGACGCAUCCUAGCAAUAAUAACACUCGGCGAUCUCCGACUAUAAACGUUCCAAGCAUACAAAUGCAGACAGACACAUCGUCCGUCAUGAUGAGCAUGAUGCGCGGCUCUUUGGAUUCUGGUUUGGGUGGCAUGCAUCAAAUGGAAGCACUUCAUCAUCAACACCACCAAGCGUCCAAUUACUCACAGCACGCAGUGACACCCAGUUCGCAGCAGGCUUCGUCACAUCCUCAACAUACCCACCAUCCUGAGACGGCACUGCGAAUGCAUCAACAAGCCGAGGCGAUAUUGCGCUCCCAUACUGAGGCCGCUUUUCGUCUGGCUGCCUCGGUGGCCGCUACGAAUGGUGGCAACGCUAACUCGACGUCUACCAGCACAAUAAAAAGCGAAUCCUCAGCACAUCAACAGCGGCAGAUCAAUGGCAGUGAACUGCACUCAUCGCCGCAUCGUUUCCAAUCGAACGCGAACCAAACACCGCACCCCCACCCGCAACCGCACCCGCAAUCACUACAGGAGCAACAACCGAAUUCACACAACUCAUGAAGUCUAAGCGAAUUUACACAGUACCAGAAGACACAUCGCUAUCCUCAACGGGAACACCAGCAUUAAUUUUGGCGUCACGUAUUUCUCCCUGUAUCAUCAGCACCCAGUACAACGAACUGAAUCCGGAUCUGUGUCGUUGCUGUGAUUUUCGUAUAGAGUCCACUAAUGACUCUCUGGGAGAUAAGUACAUCAGAAAGAGACUAAAAAUAGUAAAAACAUAAAUUUACUCAUCUAUGGGAAAAUAUGUGUACUUUUUUAUGUGUAUCUGCUUAUGUGCUUUAUCUGCAAGUCAGUAAAAAAAUGCACAUGUAUUGUAUAUACAUAGAACAUACUUUAGUCUACAUACCAACAAAAACACCAUGUACAAUAUAUUAUUGUACGCAUGUACUUAAAAUACCGCAUAUUUUAAGUGAAAUCUAAACUAAAGUUCACAAAAUACUUAAGAGCUAAAUGUCGGUGUUUAAUACACACAUAUAAAAAACCGAACAAUUAUAUUUUAAUGAGUUGUAAUUCUAGAAGUUUAUACUGGGUACCGGACUAGAUUUCCCAAACCGGACCCAUAUAGUAUACUUUCCAUAGGGAAAGUGUAUUUUUAAAUAACUUCUGGGUUUAUUGUUACUUAUCGAUUACUGGAAACAAGAUUGAUCUGCGCAUAAUAUAAAUUUAGAAAUUCUC